AUGGCGGCAAACAAUUUAACAGGAGAUGAAAUGCAGAUAAGAACAUUUCAAGAACUGGUAUGCUCUCCCUCUUUUACAGUUAGAUUACAACAACCAUCAAUUUAUCUCGCAAUGGUAAACUUAUUCUUCACCCUCACUGCAAUUCUUGGAAAUUCUCUAAUCCUACUUGCUCUUUGCAAAGAAUCUUCCCUUCAUCCUCCGUCCAAACUGUUGUACCGUAAGCUGCCGACAACUGAUCUGUUGGUUGGUCUUGUUACCCAGCCUCUCAGUGCCACUUAUCAGAUUUCUUCAGUUUACAAACACUGGAAUAUUUGUAGAUACGCCAGAGGUGUCGGUUAUUUAACAAGCUAUGGAUUAUGUGGAGUAUCUUUAUUGACAAUGACGGUCAUAAGCGUCGACAGACUUCUCGCCUUGUUGUUGGGGCUGAGAUACAGACAAAUUGUAACUUUGAAGCGCACCUAUAUAAUAUUAACUACCGUUUGGGUUUUCUCUGCUGUCGCUGCUCUAUCCUACGUUUUAAAUCAACGCAUAGCCUUUUGGUUUUUAUACAUAACUGUACCGGUUUGUUUAGCAAUCUCAAUCAUCUCGUACACAAAGAUUUUCCUCAGUUUACGUUAUCACAAGGCACAAGUACGACAACAAUCGAGCCAACCAAAUUCACUGAACAUUUUGCGAUACAGAAAGGCAGUGUACAGUGCACUAUGGGUGCAGCUAGCACUAGUUGUUUGUUAUGCACCAUAUUUUAUAGUUGAAAGUUUGACAGCUCGUAGAAAAGCAUUAUCAUCAUAUUUAGUCGUCAUCAGAGGAAUAGUGGUAGCCUUACUAUACUUCAACUCCACCUUGAAUCCGUUUCUUUAUUGCUGGAAGAUCAGUGACGUGAGAAAAGCAGCAAAGCAGACAAUCAGACAAGCGCUUUCCUGUACAUGUCCAUGCAGUUAG